AUGGCUGGUGGAGACGUAUAUGCUGGUGCCGCCUCUAGGAAGAAAUUUUUGCGCCGACUUGAGGUCCUGCAGAGUGCCUCAAUCGAAGGGAAAGGACCCUCCCAGCUGAAGUCGUUCGAAGAGACCGAUAGUGAUCAGCAGCACAGGACUGAAGGAGAAAUAGACCCGUCGAGCCAUACUGCCGUGCUAUCGAAUACCAAGAUAUUCAUCCGAACAACAACGAAGAGAAGAUGCGGAGAAGAGCAUGGAACAAUACAAUUCGCAUACCAACCUGAUGCCUUCAGAGAACAUCUGGCUGCUGGUAUAGAGGUCAUUUGCAGUGAGCUAUUGGAUGAUCGUCAACUGAAGCCUGGAAAAACUGGCAUCGUUGAUUCCACGUACGUUGCGCACGAAGAAAUCGAUCGUGCGGAGCCUCAACUUGGCAGUGACAACGACCCCCAUAAAUAG